CCGUCCGCCGGCCCGCCCGCGCCCACCGCCCAGCCGCCCGGAGCCAGCCGCCCUCCUGCCCCCAAGAUGUGGCACAGCGUCGGGCUGACCCUGCUAGUGUUCGUGGCCACGCUGCUGAUCGUGCUGCUGCUGAUGGUGUGCGGUUGGUAUUUUGUUUGGCAUCUUUUUUUAUCAAAAUUCAAGUUUCUUCGGGAACUGGUGGGAGACACAGGAUCUCAGGAGGGAGAUCAUGAACCUUCAGGGUCUGAAACAGAGGAAGACGCUUCAUCAUCUCCACACAGGAUCAGAUCUGCUCGCCAGAGGAGGGCACCUGUUGAUGAAGGCCACUGACCUGAGCCGUGGUCCUCUGAUAGCGAAUGACGAAGGACACUGGGAGUCUCUCUCUGUAAUGACUUGGCUUUGCAAUCUGCUAAAAGAUUGAAGAACAUUCAUUCUUGGAUCUUAAGUCCAAUUCAAAAAAAGAUUUACAUGUAAGCCAUAUGAAAAUAAAGGGAAUUACAACCAAAUCAGACCAUUGCAGAUUUCAUCGUAAAGAUAAUUUUUGCUUAUAUACU